UCUGCACUGAUACAGUGUUGAAAAAUCCUUCAAGCGCCAGUACUUUGCAGCACCGACCAGCGUUCUUUCUUUUUUCACGGAAAAUGUAAUGAAAAACUGCAUUUAACUGCAUUUAAAACGUAGCAACCAGCCCGGAAAAGCAUCUGUUGUGCAAUCGCAUAGUCAAUAAACAUCCACACCCAUGUUGACCGAAACCCCCAUGGCCAGCGAGAACAUCAUGGACGAACUAGCCUCUCUGAUACGCACCGAGAUCCCCGAUGGCCGCCAGAGUCUGCGGGACAGCUACACGAACCUGGAGCGGGUGGCCGACUACUGCGAGGACACCUACUACCGCGCGGACAACAAGAAGGCGGCCCUGGAGGCCACCAAGAACUACACCACCCAGUCGCUGGCCAGCGUGGCCUACCAGAUCAACACGCUCGCCUACAGCUACAUGCAGCUCCUCGAGCUCCAGGCCCAGCAGCUCGGCGAGAUGGAGUCCCAGAUGAACCACAUCGCCCAGACGGUGCACAUCCACAAGGAGAAGGUGGCCAGGAGAGAGAUUGGCGUACUUACGGCUAACAAGGUGAGCUCGCGCCAGUUUAAGAUCGUGGCGCCCAUUAAUCCGGAGAAGCCCAUCAAGUAUGUGCGCAAGCCCAUCGACUACUCGAUGUUGGACGAGAUUGGCCACGGCAUUAACUCGGCCCAGCACUCGCAGGUGCGACAGAAACAUCGAGGCUCCAGCCAUGGGUCCGUGCAAUCCCUAUUGCCACCGUCGGUGGGACCUCCGCCAACCACAAAGCCCCCGACUCCGCCGCAGAUGUCGCGGGCUGGGAACACUGGCACCCUGGGCAAGUCGGUCAGCAAUACCGGGACACUGGGCAAGAGCUCGCGGGAGUACCGCACUCCGCCUGUGGUAAAUCCACCACAGGUGCCAUCGCAUUACGCUCCAAACUAUCCUAUUGGGCAUCCAAAGCGAAUGUCGACGGCUUCUUCAACGAUGACUACCACCACCACAGGCGGCGGAGCGGCGGGCAAUGAGCGAGCUGCUGGCUACAGUGCACUCCCGAUGCCACCCAGCCAGCAGAUAGCCACCCAUGUAAACCUGCCCUCCGCGGGCAUGAUGCAAUCGCUGCCACCGCCGCCGCCCACUACGUACGACGAUCGGAGCAGUAUGCCACCAGCUCCUCCUUCGCCACUAACGGUGUCGCAGCACGAGAUGACCGAGCAGAGUCACAUUGGCAUGCACACUUUGGGACGCAAUAUCAACAGGAAUCCAAAUAGGAAUCACUUCAGCUUGAAUUUCGCUCGUCCCGGCUCACAGUCGCCUCCCUUGCCACCUCCGCCGCCGCCGGAGGAUGAGCAUCAGGACUUCGGACGACCACGCACAUCGACGGGACCGCAGCUGGCGCCCAUAGUGCCCGAGGAUCAGAACCUACCCGGUUGGGUGCCCAAGAACUUCAUUGAGAAGGUGGUAGCCAUUUACGACUACUAUGCCGACAAGGACGACGAGCUGAGCUUCCAAGAAAGCUCAGUGCUGUACGUGCUCAAGAAAAACGACGACGGCUGGUGGGAGGGCGUCAUGGAUGGAGUUACCGGUCUGUUUCCGGGCAACUACGUAGAACCGUGUGUCUAAGCCUCGCAUCGAUAUUCUAAACAUGCCAACCAUUACAAUAAUCUGCAUUAUCUGGUUUGUUCCAGUCCUCUGUUGCUUCUCAAGAGCUCCCAAGUUUUUCUGAGGACAACUGAGGUCCGCAACAGACUCAGCUGACAAUGACGAUAAGAUUUUGAGCAUAUUGAUAAGGACAAUUAUACAAUUACACACAUACACAAGCACAGCAGGCCAGAGAAAGCGAAUUCCAUUAGCAUCAGCCAAACGCAUUUAGCCUAAUAUAAACGAGCACACACACACACAGGAUCCAGGGGCUAGGCAUAACGCUUGUUGCCCAACUAAAACUAUUUACACUUUAGUGAAUAACUUAUGCGAUAUUCCAAAACUGUUCCACAACCGUAGACGAAUUCAGUCCUGCUCCUGCCGCCAAUCCAAAUACUUUAAAUAUUUGCUCACAGUUUUAUCAAGCGAUUUCUGUUUGCCUUGCGCUUUGAUAUGCCCGGCUAUUAUACACCAAUACUACCCGAACCCAAGCCCCCAGCAAUACUGUAGGUUAUAUAAAUUUCAGUUAGCAUUUAAUACAUAAGUAUUGGCCAGUUGGAACUUUUGUUUAUACUUUUACGAACCGCAACGAUGUCUUUUUUUGCGAACGUUUAGUUAAAAUGGAAUUGCCAGCAAAGGAAUCAAAUUAAAUUAAACAAUACAAGUACACAUACGCUCUAUAUGGUAAAAAUAAUAGCUAAUAAAAAUUUCAAUUACUAAACCGCAA